GUGACGAGUUUUUACGUAGGCGCGUCACUGGGUGGGGGGAGCGUGUGAGGUCAUCGCGCGGGCGGGCGGGGUCGGACGGUUUGAACAGACGAAGACGGAACCUGAGCCGGGCGCGGGUAGGGGACGCGGUUCUGCUGAGAGCCGAAGAUGGCAGUGAACGUAUAUUCAACGUCAGUAACCAGUGAUAACCUAAGUCGACAUGAUAUGCUGGCCUGGAUCAAUGAGUCUCUACAGUUGAAUCUGACAAAGAUUGAACAGUUGUGCUCAGGUGCUGCCUAUUGUCAGUUUAUGGACAUGCUAUUCCCUGGCUCUAUUGCCUUGAAGAAAGUGAAAUUCCAAGCUAAGCUAGAACAUGAAUAUAUCCAGAACUUCAAAAUACUACAAGCAGGUUUUAAGAGAAUGGGUGUUGACAAAAUAAUUCCUGUGGAUAAAUUAGUAAAAGGAAAGUUUCAGGACAACUUUGAAUUUGUUCAGUGGUUCAAGAAAUUUUUUGAUGCGAACUAUGAUGGAAAAGACUAUGACCCUGUAGCUGCCAGACAAGGUCAAGAAACCGCAGUGGCUCCCACCCUUGUUGCUCCAGCUCUGAAUAAACCCAAGAAACCUCUUGGCUCUAGUGGUGCAGCUCCACCAAGGCCCAUUUCAACACAGAGAACUACUGCGACUCCUAAGGCUGGCCCAGGGGUGGUGCGAAAGAAUCCUGGUGUGGGCAAUGGGGAUGAUGAAGCAGCUGAAUUGAUGCAGCAGGUCAAAGUAUUGAAACUUACUGUGGAAGAUUUGGAGAAAGAGAGAGAUUUCUACUUCGGAAAGCUAAGGAACAUUGAACUGAUUUGCCAGGAGAAUGAGGGGGAAAAUGACCCUGUAUUGCAGAGGAUUGUAGACAUUCUCUAUGCCACAGAUGAAGGCUUUGUGAUACCUGAUGAAGGGGGCCCACAGGAAGAGCAAGAAGAGUAUUAACAGCCUGGACCAGCAGAUCAACAUUGAAUUCUUCACUCCAAAAUCAUGUGCUUAACUGUAAAAUACUCCCUUUUAUUAUUCCUAGAGGAUUCACUGGUUUCUUUUCAUAAGCAAAAAGUACCUCUUCUUAAAAGUGCACUUUGCAGAAGUUUCACUCCUUUUCCAAUAAGUUUGAGUUAGGAGCUUAUAGCAGAAGCAGUAUUAACAUCUAGUUGGUUCACCUGGGAACAGAGAGGCUGACCAUGGGGCUCAGCGUGUGGACACUGGUCACACUGAUUGCUGAAGAAGGUGUUUGAUGUAACACUGAGGUGGCAGCCUCAGUAGAGACAUGUAAAGACUGAAUUGAAUUUUAAGCUAAUGUGAAAUCCUGGCAAAGAACGUUUUAAUAAAUAAAUGCCUUAAGAGUAUUUAAAAUAUGCUUCCAUAUUUCAAAAUAGAAAAUGAACAUGACAGGAGAUAUCAUGUGUCUGACUUUGUGGUCUGGGAAGGAGGGGCCAGACUUUGGGACCUUUGGCGCCUGCUGUCUCAGGCCUUACAGGGCUGCUUGGAUCCUCGCAGGCCAUAUCUUUGGCCCCAAAGUGAAGUCUAAAAAAUUGCUCUGUAAGGCCAUUUGGUGCCAUCGGCCAGACGCACUUGCUAUAAGCAAGUGGCAUGGCUGCCUGGGUGAAUAGUGUGUUUCAACCCUGAGAUGGUUUGAGGUGAAGACCUAGAUUUUCAUUGAUGGAGUCUUCUGAUUUUUUCCAAUUAUCCUUGAAAUUGCUUUGUAUUGUGUUUUUUGAGAAAUGAGAUAUGCCCAGUUUUUUGUUUUUUUUUUUUCCAGUCCUGGGGCUUGGACUAAGGAGGGCCUGAGCACUGUCCCUGGCUUCUUUUUGCUCAAGGCUAGCACUCUGCCACUUGAGCCACAGUGCCACUUCCAGCCUUUCCUGUGUAUGUGGUGCUGAGGAAAUCGAACCCAGGGCUUCAUGCAUGCUAGGCAAGCACUCUACUGCUAAGCCACAUUCCCAGCCCCAGUUUUUUUUUUUUUUUUUUUUAAUCUAACAACUACUUUUGGGAACUUGCCCACAUCUCUGGGAUUCAAAUGGGAGUUGUGUCCCAUUUUACUGUUUUUAAAGUUUACAUUGAACAUGUUUCUCUUCUCUGCUCCCUCUGUCCACUGGGGGCUCCUCUUUGGCUCCUUCAGUUUGCUGCUUAGUGUUGGAAGUACAGCAGGCAGGUGAUGCCGCUGCAGGUUCUUGCGGGAACUCUGGCACAGGGAGUGACCAUUGACGGCCAUCGUUACCUUGGGCUCUACAAGGCUGGGGUGUUUUCCACAUCUGCUGUUCACAGCUCUCCACUGUUAUCUGGAUACUUUGCCAGUGCACUAAUCUCUUUGGAGAUAAAAUUCACUAGUGUGUUACUAAAUGUCAGUUUUCUUUCGCAGAAAAUACAGUACUGUGUCUGAAUUAAUUAUUAAUAUUUAAAAGAUUUCAUUCCUUCUCCCUCAUUUGCUUUGCCCCUGGCCUAGUCAGUCCCUUUGUUUGGCAGAAUUCUGCAAAAUGUAUUUCACCCACUACUGAGAUUGUUCAGUCCCUGAUGUGUUUGUAUUGAUUUGUUUCUGGUGGUAGCUUGUCCUAAAAUGUGUGUAGAAAGCAAGGUAUUUUAUGAUAAAAUUGUUGUGUAGUGCAUGCUUCGUGUGGAAUUCAGAGGGAAACCCAGAUUCAUUGAUUAACAAUGCCAAAAAUGCAAGUAACCAGCCAUUGUUGAAAGGACAGUGGUGCUAUUUCUCUUUUGUGGCCUUUUAGACUUUUGUUGCCCGAAAAUUCCAUUUUAUUGGGAACCCAUUUUCCACCUGGUCUUUCCUGACAGGGUUUUUUUCUACUUUUAACAGUUUCUAAAUAAAAUUCUGUAUUUCAAGAG